AUGGCCGAAAACACCAAGCUCUUCAAGCCCCUGAAGGUGGGCUCGAUCCAGCUCGACAACCGCGUCGUCAUGGCACCCUUGACCCGGUUCCGAGCCGACUUUGACCACGUCCCAACCGACGCGAUGGCACAGUACUACGCUCAGCGUGCUGUCGUGCCCGGCACGCUGUUGAUUUCGGAAGCAACCUACAUCACGGCCAAGGCCGGCGGCUACCCGACCAUCCCCGGUCUCUGGACCGAUGCCCAGCUCGCAGGCUGGAAGAAGGUCACCGACGCCGUCCACGCCAAGGGCAGCAAGAUCAUCUGUCAGCUCUGGUACCUGGGCCGCGCGGCGCGCCCUGACCCCGUUGGCUCCGGCGGUGCCUUUGCAGACGACGACUUCGACUACAAGAACGACUUUGUGAGCGCAAGCGACGUCAAGAUGUGGGAGGGGGGCCCUACGCCCCGCGCCCUGACCGAGGAGGAGAUCUGGGCCACCAUCAACGACUACGCUACUGCGGCCAAGAAUGCCGUCGAGAAGGGCGGCUUUGACGGCGUCGAGAUCCACGGCGCGCACGGCUACCUGAUCGACCAGUUCACCCAGGACACCUGCAACAAGCGCACCGACCAGUGGGGUGGCAGCAUCGAGAACCGCGCACGCUUUGCUCUCGAGGUCACCAAGGCCGUCGUCAAGGCCGUCGGCGCAGACCGCACCGGCAUUCGUCUUUCCCCCUGGGCGCAGUUCCAGGGCAUGCGGAUGAAGGACCCCAUUCCUCAGUUCAGCUACCUCAUCCACCAGCUGCGCGAGCUGGACCUGUCCUUCCUGCACCUGGUCGAGCCUAGAGUUUCGGGAGUUGUCGACCGUGACCCCGAGAACGAGAGUCUCGACUUUGCUCUCCAGUCCUGGGGCCGUGAGAAGCCCGUCUUCAUCGCCGGCGGAUUCACCACCGAGACUGCGAUCGAGGCAGUGGAGAGCAAGUACCACGACCACGAGGUGGCGGUCGUCUUUGGACGCCGCUUCAUUUCCACGCCCGACCUGGUCUACCGCGUCAAGAAGGGCAUUCCCUUCAACGAGUAUGACCGCUUCACCUUCUACAUCAACCAGAAGGAGGGUGCCAAGCGUGAGCCGGGCUACGUUGACUACCCGUACAGCGAGGAGUUUAUCAAGGAGUUUGGCAAGCCGGAUGUUGCUGUUUAGAUUUUAUGUUUUGUUUGGAAACGAGUAUGGCAAAUGAAGAUAUCCUGUAGAACAUUAGAAUGGGCGUUUAUAGAUAGAUUCUUAGACAAGACAUGGUUAG